AUGUGUUCCAUGCGCAGCUGUGACUGUGAUAUAGAGAACUGGCAGCGCGUGGUCAAAGCUGAACGAACCAUUGGUCGGCACGCUCGGAACCCUCGACCGACGCCCACCAUUUGCUCGACGAAAUGCCAAAGAGGGCUGCUGCGACGAGCCGGUAACCGCAUCGUCCGCCGGGUGCUCGAUGGAAUGAUCGGCGUGGAGGGACAAACCGCCACAGACCUCCGCCAGCAGGCCGGCCUCGCACCCGCCCGUCGCACGCUGCGUGCGCCCUCCUGUAAAGGCCACAAGCGCGUCCCUUGUCUUCCACCGCCGAUUCAAGUUUCUGCUGCAGCUUUUGCAGGAAAAGGUAUUGCAACUUCAGUCAUCUCCUAUAUCAUCAACAAGGCCUUUGACUACCUGAAGGAUAAGAAGAAAGACGCGGGAUUGAAAAGUACCAAGAAAAGGCUGGAGGAACUAGUUCCUCAGAUCCAAGCUGUGUUUGACGCUGUCGACGAAGAUCAGAUCAGUUAUCAAAGUGGGGCACUAGAUGCAUGGCGGUGGCAGCUUAGAGAUGCCGUUGAGGAAGCUGAGGAUGCUCUUGAUGAGCUAGAAUAUUACAAGCUUGAGGAAAAGGUGAAAAUGCGAGAUAACAAGGUGAGUGGCUCUUUUCAUGAGUUCAAGGGCAGGGUUGUCCAGCAAUUUAAUCAUGCAUUCACCACUGGGUCGCUGAAGAGGUUGAAAAGUGCUGUCAAAACAUUAGAUGAUGCUGUUUCUGGUGUGGAUCGUUUUCUCCAUGUUCUCAAUCAUAUUGAUAACAAUAAGAUGAAGAAUCACAGACAAGUGGUGGAUUUCAGGAACCGGCGCGAAACAAGCUCACUGCCUCCCAGCAUGGUACUUGCAGAGAGGAGGAGAGGAAAGUUUUAGUUGACUGGUUGACCAAGGCUGAAAACAGUGCACCUGAACAAAUUUUCAACAAUAUCUCUAUAUUUUCUAUAGUUGGGAUAGGUGGAUUGGGGAAGACAACACUUGCACAAGUUAUAUGCAAUGAUAACGAUGUGAUAGGGUAU